CUUAAAACCCAAGGAAAACACUAAAACCCGAAAACCGUCCCCCCGAAUCCCGACCCGGAUGGCGACCUCGCCGCCGCAGAACCCUAGCUCCGUCGACCCCUCCGAGGCCACGAGCCUCGCCGCCGCGGCGCUUGCCGCGCCCGCGCGCGUAUGGAGAUCCCUCGUCGCCCGCCUCCCUACGCUUCCGGAUUCCGGCCUCCUCGCCGUGGUCUCCGACCUCCAACACUGCCACUUCGCCGUCCGCCGCCGCCGCCGCCGCAGGCGCCCUGCUCUACCUCUCCCGCUCCGCCCUGCUGCCGCGCACUCCGCUCGGAUUGCUGGUGACAUGCCCAAAGCCUUUGUCAUCUUAGAUGAUAUUGUGCAAUCUGCCCUGUCUAAUUUGCAUAUUAUUCAGAAAAGCUUACUGUUUUGGCAGUCCAAAGCUGAGGGAACCACUUCACAGAAAGUUUACUUUAUGAUAUUUGAAAGAGGUCCAAGGGCCUUUGUUGAAGUAACGUAUCAAACUCUCACUAAAUUCGGGAGAAAUGAACGUCCAGUCCAAUACAUCUUGCAUUCUGCAUCUGGCAUGGUCUCAACAAAGCUUGCUGUCCUGACAAGCAUGCAACACUGCUUGGCUGCUUUCCUUGCAGAGGUUCAUUCUGAAGUUGAUAAACACAGAGAAGGCUUAACUGAAAGUUCAGAUAAAUCUCUGCAUACACUAUUCAUUGUUUUAAAUACCGUAUUUUCGAAAUUGGAGGUGUCUCUUAGAAAUGCUGGUGAGGAGAAUGAACUACUUACGUAUGAUGGAAACUCAUAUGAACUUAUGUUUGGGAAAUUGCCAGAAGUUGAUGCAGAGAGUUCACAAUGGACAGAGGCCUUAUCAACGGAUGGUAUAAGUUUGAUAUAUCAAAACCUCCAGAACUUAGAUAAUUUUAUCUCUUCUCAGCUUUCAAGUCAUAAAGAACCAAGAAAUAUGACUCGAUACUGGUUACCCUACACAUGUGGAGCAUUGGGCCUCUCUGUAUGUUCUCUAUGGCUUUUACGCCAUAGCAGCUUGAUGGGAAGUUCUGACAUUGAUAAUUGGAUUCAAGAUGCUAAAAAGUCUGUGGCUGGAUUUUGGGAUGAACAUGUUGAGAAACCAAUCAUUUCCAUUAGAGAUGAGCUUUUUGAGACAUUUAAGCAAAGAGAUAAAGGUGUAAUGGAAAAGCAAGAGGCUCAACUAACUGAAGAUUCCUUGCGCAGGAUGUUAGUUGCCUUUUGUGAGCAAACUUCAGGUGGAGAGCUGCCUCAAGAUCUAUCAGUGCAGGCAUUGAUGGAGAUUCUCACUAAGAGAUAUGAGAAAGAAUUGAUACAUCCACUUCAAAACCUUUUCAGUGGAGAAUUAGCCCGUGCCAUGCUUAUACAGAUUCAGAAGCUUAAGCUGGAUCUUGAGUCGGGACUACUAGAAAUGGAUCAGAUUCUUAGGGCAAAUGCAAUAAACUUUGCUGUUCUUGCAGCUCUUCCUGCGUUUGGUCUUUCGCUUCUGCUUCUUGUGUUAGUGCGAACAUGGGCUCUGCGUGACCAUGGUGCAGAGGGAAGAGGUAAUAUUGCACGAUGUCAACGAAGGCAGCUUCUUGUCGAUGUAGAGAGAAGACUUAUGGAGUUUCAGCAUUACAGGGAUAAUGGAAUGGAGGAAGAGGCACGGUGUAAGUUUGGAUUAGUACUUUACACGCUCGAUAGACUAUACAAAGCUGUCGAGUCACAUGCAAAAGAAACAGGCGAGUGGUUAAGCCUGCGCGAAGAUAUUUUUGAUCUGGCAAAACUUGAUAUGGGAAUGGCGGACAAGCUGAUCGUCGUAUCGCGAUUGAAGUGGAUGUACAACUGCUUGCUUCCAUACUCAUCGAGUCGUUUGCCUCGUCUAUAGCUUUCUCUGGUGGCGAACGUUGUGUGUUCAUUUUGGAUACUUUGAGGGGAACUUCUGCGGCAACUUGUUGUCUACUUCGUGAUUCGGUAGGAUAGCUGUGAAGAUUUUGGCACAGAAUACCAGGGAACCUCGUUGGCUUUUGUACAACAGAACAAUGGUUCUUUGCGACAAACGUGAUGUUUGGUAAAUUUCACCUAGAGGUGGCUCAGGUAUGCUCUACCAGCCACGAUUGGAAAAGAACAAAAGAAAAGUUUAGACCCUCGACUUUGAAACUGUUGAUUGUUCCCUUUGUUACUUGGGAUGAUCUAUGUACCAAAAUCGUUUGCGGCGUUGGG